AUGCUUCGUAUGGCUGAAUUCUGGUUUAAUAUGGAAGAAAAAAAUACGGUAGACGUAGCACUUGGCGUACGUUAUCUUCCAGCAAUGCAUUCUAAUACGUUACUUUGGCAUUUAGCCGAUUUUGUUUGUGAUGAGCUAAAAAUUGGUUUUUUGAUCAUGUUGGCUGGUACUUCUCCUGUUUCUUUUGGCCUUUACAGUUCACUUGCAAAACAAAUCAAAGUGCCAUUAAUUGACUGGGAAACUUCUGAUUUGACCUCCAGUUCAUCACCAACUUUUACUGCGUCCGUUAGACCUCCUGCAGAUGAAUUACUUGUUGAUUAUAUUAAAGUCAAACAAUGGCGUGAAAUUAUUUAUUUACAUGAUGGAGUCAAUGCGAAGCGAAGUCUAACUGGGAUAUACAAAUAUCUGCAAAAAGAAAAUAAACCAUAUAGACUUCGUAUUGAUAAUUAUCGCAUUCCCGAAGAUGAAGAAUAUUUUCGAGAAUUUCUCAAUAAUUUUCAUAUGCAAAACUUUAACUUCGCUGAUUCGAGAUCAUUGAAUAUUGUGGUAGAUAUCUCAAAUAGUUAUCGAGUUCGAGCGUUUUUACAAGCACUCAAAGAAAGUAUACUCGUCAAAAAACAAUAUAAUUAUGUCUUUGCUAAUUUUGAAUUGGAUGAAAAUGAUCUGGAUGCUUUUUAUUAUACUCUAAUUAAUAUUACAGUGUUUUUAAUAUGUGAUAAACACAGUCAACGAUUAAACAAAGAUAGGAGAAUAUUCGUGCAUCACUACGGUGAUCGGUCAGUAAUAGAUAGCGUAUCAAUACCUAUGAGUGCGAUGUUUGCACACGAUGCCUUACUUGUGGCAGGAAGUGCAAUUGAAAUUGCUCUAAAAAAAUAUGGCUUAGAUUUAUUUUCCAAUUCUUUUAAUCAACUACAACUUUUUGAUAUCAGCCAUCCUAGCAUUGAAUGUAGACAAAAUUUGCAUAGCUCAGCAUCACAAUGGACAGAAUUUGAAUUUGGUGAUAAAAUUAUUGAAGCUAUUAGAGAGGUGACAAUAGAUGAAGCUGAUGGAGCACUCACAGGACGAAUACAAUUUACCAAAUCUUUAAAUCGAAUUAAUUAUACUGCAAAAGUUGUAGAAAUUAUUCCAAAUGGAAAAAGUUUGUACAGUGUUCGAAAUAUGUACGACUGGAGACAAGGAGAAGGAUUUAAAGUAAACGCAGAAGGUAGAAAAGAUUUGCUUCAGCAAGAAAAUAUUGUCAGUUCACGUCAGCAUUCAAUUUUACGUAUUGUAUCUGUAUUGGUAAAACCGUUUGCUAUGUUGAAACGAACAGUUCCGGGUGAUCCUCCACUAGUUGGCAAUGAUCGUUUUGAAGGAUAUUGCAUUGAUUUGAUUAAAUUGCUAGCAAUCAACAUUAGUGGGUUUAAUUCAUAUGAAAUAUUCAUUGCUGAAGGUAAUAAAUAUGGUCAGCGACAGGAUGAUGGUUCAUGGGAUGGAAUGAUUGGAUAUUUGCUUAAUGAGAUGGCGGAUGUGGCUGUAGCACCACUUACGAUUAAUCAGGCUCGUGAGCGAGUUGUGGAUUUUUCGAAACCAUUUAUGACUACUGGAAUUAGCAUUAUGAUCAAAAAACCAGAAAAACAAGAAUUCAAUGUUUUUUCAUUUAUGCAACCUUUAGGGACAAAUAUUUGGUUUCUUAUAUUGUUCUCAUAUGUUGGAGUUUCAUUUACAAUAUUUUUGGUUAGUGCAUUUAGUCCUUAUGAAAACCGGACAACAGAAGAACUUCCAACGCAACUUUCACUUUACAAUAGCUUUUUCUUCACACUGUCCUCAUUAAUGCAACAGGGCACAGAUAUCUUGCCUAGAGCACCCUCAGGAAGGAUUGCAAGUGGUGCUUGGUGGUUUUUUACUCUUAUCAUUGUUUCUUCGUAUACUGCAAAUUUAGCAGCAUUUUUGACCCUUGAAAAAAUGACCCCACCGAUCGAAUCAGUAGAUGAUUUAGCUGCACAGCGAAGAAUUCUUUACGGUAUUGUCAAAGGUGGCUCAACUGAAGAAUUCUUCAGAGAUUCAGCUGUACCUUUGUACAAAAAAAUGUGGAGCUUUAUGUACGAUACAUUUACUCAUCAACUUCGUACCCAGCAGCACCUUAAUACCUCAGAUACUGUUAUGGUAAACACAUAUGCUGAAGGAAUCGAGAAAGUGCGUCGAAGCAAGGGAAAAUAUGCAUUUCUUCUGGAGGAAACGGCUAACAAAUAUGAAAAUACUCGAAAGCCAUGUGAUACAAUGAAAGUUGGCGCAAACUUGAAUUCUUUAGGAUAUGGCGUUGCCACGAAAAUUGGAAAUCCACUCAGAGAGAAUAUCAACUUCGCUAUAUUAUAUUUACAUGAGAAAGGUGAGUUGAAACGACUUGAAAAUAAAUGGUGGUAUGACCGUGGUCAGUGCGAUCAAGGAAUGUCCAUAUCAGCGGAAGGUGGAAAUAGUGCUAGUUUGACUUUGAGCAAAGUUGCUGGCAUAUUUUAUAUUCUCUGCGGUGGAAUGGUACUAUCUUUGGCGACUGCCUUUAUAGAAUUUUUGUAUCGAUGUAGAUUACAAAGAUGCGAAAAUGCUAAAAAGAAUCAUUUGUCUCGUAAGAUAAUUCGUACGGAUCAUUGCUUGAAAGAAGGACGUGCACGAUCCGCUCAUUUAUAA